UCCCACCAUGCACCACGCGAGCGUUUCACAAAAAGCCCGAUGAGCAGAUCGAGGAGGAGGAGGAGGCUACCAGCCGAGGGGGGUAGCCGAUUCCCGGAGAGGAUUUUCUGUUCUCGUCGUUAUUAAAACGUGACAGCGGCGAAUGAAAACAAAAAUAAAAGCAUCAUAAAACAUGGUGCUCACUCCCAGAGAAGAUCUUCCAUUGGGCCUGUGAGUGUCGGCAGGUUUCCAACCGCCGCCUCUUCGGGGGAUUCCGCUGUCUGAGUCCGUCCUGACCCGCGACACCGCCAGGCGAUGACAGCGGCUACAGCCACUCCGCAGGUGAUGAGAGACCGGCUGUUGCAGGCCAUCGACGGUCAGAGCAAUCAGAUAUGCAACAUGGUGGUAGUCAUGGAGGUGAUCUCCUUUUUGGAGAAAUAUCCUAUCACCAAAGAGGCACUGGAGGAAACCCGCCUUGGCAAGCUCAUCAACGAUGUCCGGAAGAAAACCAAGAAUGAGGACCUUGCGAAAAGGGCCAAGAAGCUCCUGCGAACCUGGCAGAAGCUAAUUGAGCCAGGGAAGGGUGAGGUGCUGUCCAAAGCACACACCGGUGCAUCAUGGUCUUCCAAUAGUGGUGCUCAUCCUUGCAUCGCCCCUCCAGUUGCCAGCACACCAUCAGGUAAAACAGGUUCAGAGUUGAAGAACAGAAAUGACUUCAACAACUGCUACUCCCCGAGGGUGGACAAACCAAGCAACAGGAAACGUAAGGGUGACCAGAAGGAAGGACAGCUCUUACCAGCCAAGAUAUCAAAAACAACUCUAAAUGAUCAAAUACAAAACUGCAAGCAGCUGCCAACCAGUGGAGUUGGGGGUAGCUCUGAAAUUUGUACAGAUACUCAUACACAUCAGCCUUUAGACAAGGAGAUUUCUGAGCCUUUAGACAUUGACAGGCUGAUUAAAAUCCCAGUAAAUGCUGUAAAACCUCAUCCAAGUGCCCCGGGAUACAGCAAGCCUCCUAGCACUUCUUCUUUGCUAAAAGCAUCAGUUCUGCAGCAGCAAGCCAGACAGGAGCAAGCUGUCUCUGGGGGACAGUAUCGACCCAAAAGCCCACGCUGUUCCUUGAACAGUCUUCAAACUCCAAAUCAGGAAGGUGGUGUCAAACAAACGGCACCACAAGCACAAGGUCUUGCUAGCCCUCCUGUGAGGCAGGGGUCUGUAGACACCUCUGGGCUGGGGCCGUCCACGCAGCCUUUCAAUGGUUGUGUUCAGGGUUUGCACAUAGAUGGUUCAGACUUGGAUUCUCAAAGCAGGCCUCCCAGUAUGUCUCUUCACAACUCGUAUGCUUCCUCCUGCAGUGAUGUGGUCAGUUUGGAAGACGAUGGUGCUGUUGGCAAUACAGAGAAAAGGAAAAGACAGAAAUACAAGCCUAAGGACCAUGUGAUAAAUGUAGAUGGACAGACUGUAGAAGACAGCACUAAACCAGUCAGGUUAAAAGAUAGGAGACUGACAUUUGACCCUGUAACAGGUCAGAUUAAAUCUUCCUUUAAUAAGGAGUCUUGCCAGGAAGGGGAGGUCAGAUUGGGCCACAGACCUGAAUCUCAGUGGUCAGAACAGCCGAAGCAGAAUCCACCGGUUCCUCGGAGCCCCUUCCAGCAGACAGACUGGAAAGAACUGUCGAGGAGCGAAAUCAUCCAGUCGUACCUUAGCCAGCAAAGCAACGUGCUGACAUCGUCAGGCGCCCACAACCCUGGUGCACACUUUUUCAUGAAAGAGUUCUUGAAAAAAGAAGAACACCGAAGUACAGAUGUCAAGAAAACACACGUGUUGGCACCAGAACUCCCAGCCAGGGAUUUACCGGGGGUUAGCAGAGAGGUCAUCACCGAAGACCUGAACAGAUUACACAAGCAAAACUGGUCCGGGGUUAACGGUUGCUAUGACACAAAGGGUACUUGGUAUGACUGGACGGAGUGCAUCUCUUUAGACCCGCAUGGAGAUGAGAGCAGGUUGAACAUACUGCCGUACAUCUGUCUGGAUUAAAACUGAGGUUGGGUUUCGGAAUUGGAAUUUGUAAACUGCCUUCAUCGUACAGCAGGAGAAACUGCGUGUGUGAAGGCAUUUUUAUUUAAAUGUAAGCUGCUGUUUUGCAUCGUUGGUCGAAAGUGGAGUCAAUGUACUGCCUGCUUGGGUGUGUGUGUGACGCACAAGGGGUGUAAUCAGUGCUUUUAUGAGUUUAUGAACAUUGUGUGAGGACAGCGCAAAGGAAAAAGGCUAUGCAUUAUUUUACCAUUUAGUAACUGUACAGAUUGAGCUCCCAAUACCUGCCAUUCUUCAUGUGGGAGAGGACAUCACAUUAAACUGCCCAGCUGCAUUUUAUUUGUCUUGUGUUAUCCACCUCACUCGUGGGAAGUGACUUUACUGAAUUGUCUGCAUCAACACUCAUUUAGUCCACAGUGCAGUAUUUUUUUUCAAUUUAAAGUUCGGUUUAAAGUUUGUUUUAAAACAAAAAAAUGUGACUUAAUGAACUUCAUCGCCUUUCAAUAGAGACUAGUAAAAUCGUUUUUGUUGGCAUUUGCUCAUGCAUCUUGAACAAUACUAUUAAAGCGGAAUUAAUUGCUAUCUUCAAGUAGCUAUUUUCAUUACCAUUAGUAUUAACAACUAUUAACUGCUGUGAUAAACAUUAAUAAUUGCACCGUUUAGAACCGCUGUUGCCCCAUUGCUAAGCUGUCUCAUGCAGCAUCUUUUUGCAGAAAGAAUAACUUACAAAUCUGCUUUAAAACAUUAGAAUAUUUUUCUUGUGUUGUGAGGUUUGAGAGAAAGAAAGGCUGGUGUGGGGGUUGAAUAAUGCACGCUGAUAAAGAAAUGUGGCAUGUAUGAUAUUUAUUUACAUUUACAUAUUAAUUUUUGUGAUUUAUGUACAUGUUUUCAUUUUAUGUUAGAUUUCUUUAUUCAGAAUGUGUUCAGUGAUGCAGCAGCGACAGUCCAACCUUUUCCUGCUGAUACACCAACCUACCUUUACACAGGAAAACUCUCCAAAAUGACACUUUCUGAUAAUGUGAACACAUUAUAUUUUAUACUUGCCUUUUCCCUUUACUGUGUAUUUAGGCUGUUUAAAUAUGAAUUGAAAUGGCAGAGCAGAUUAUGCUACUAGCUUGCAUCUUUGUACUGUCAGGACAAACUGAUAUAAAUUAAAAUGCUGGAUAAAGUACUUAAUAUCAUUCCUGUAGAUAUUGUUUGCCUUAUGGAAACCUAUGUUUUCCUUAAAGACAGAGCCUUAGUGAAUGUACAGAAAUUAGCCUUUUGUGUUCAUUCAAACGCAGAAGAGAACAUAUUUGCUACUUAGUCCUUUUAAGUGGACAUGUUUAUGUGUUAAUUAAAAAAAAACUGAAGGAA